AUGUUUCCGGGGAAGUUAAUGGCUCUAAAAUGCUAUCCAGAACUCAUUUCUUACGUACGAGAUGCUCCGACUGAACCUCAUUACAAGCUUCUUUUGAUCGGUGAAGUGAGAAAUUACAGGAAUCAUGGGAGCUUGAUCAAACGAUGUGAUGUGCAUGUGGGAAAGAGUGAGAACUUUGUUCCAAUAAAUAUUUCAUCUUUAGUCGAGGAUAAAAGAAGAUUUGAUACCAAACUUCCUUCAGGUCUUUCAAAAAAGUUUCAGGAAAUUUAA